AUGACGGGCUCCUCCUCUUCCCCACCUCAAAGUGCUGACAAGAAGUCCUUGUUUGAUCGGCUAGCGAAUUUUUUUCCCCAAAUCCCCUCGCCCUUCCGAAGACGGAGGGAGCUAGAGCAGCAGGAGGAAGCGGCUGAAAUUAAUUCAAAAACUAUAAAUGCAUCCCCAAGUAGUGGUGGAACUACUGGGGACCACGGAGAAGGACGAGAAGCAUCUACUUCACACGGCUCAGCAGCUGUAGUUUCCCGCGAAGAAGCUGCAACUCUACUUCGUGACCACAGCAACCGCGACAUUGCAACUGUAGACGAUGUCGUGGAAACACUCGAGAACGGUGACGUCGAGGACGCCCGUGGCCGCGUAGUACUUGAAGAGGGUGGUCCGCUAGAAGGUGGCCUGUUUCCGCACGAUAUUGACGGGGCCAGGAGGAGUAUAAAUUUUAAGUACGAGAAAGAUCUUGUUUCGGAAAGAGCUUCUAACCUCGUCUUCACUGCGUUCAACAAAGGACACGUAGUGGAAAACAACGGCUCGGAGGGGACCAACACGCCAGAGGACACUCUUUCCUUAGAAGACAGGAGGACCAGAAGUGAUUCGGUUUCGGAUCACUCCAUAGGAACUUCAUCUACGAGCAGCAAUAGUUUGUUGAGUAUAAGCUGCAGUGGCCGACCACCACAACGACCGCAGCCAGGAAGUGCAGUGACCGAGCGAGGACAUCCUGAACGGGCACAGAAGUCCUCUGGUGUAGUGCGGUCAUCUAGUUGUACCGCACGUCGUGAGCAGCUCCUGCAAGUGGGGAAAACAACAAGUUCAUCUUCCGCAUUAUCAUCAUCUUCUUCCCGAAGUACAGUGCGACCUGCAGCGUUGGGCCAAAAAUCUAGUACUUGCCUUUCUUCACGUUCCGCCUCUUCCUCCUCCUCGCGGAGUUUUGUGCAACAGCCGAGGGCGCUGCAAUUUUCGGAACCGAAAGGUAGCGGACAACAAGUAGAACCUAGGCGACGAGAACCUGAACCAUCUGCACGGGAUAGUAAAGAACCUCCACCAAGAACAUCAAGGCAGCAGCAGCAAAAUUUUUUACCCUGCCCUCGGCGGUCGACACAGCUACCGUCUCUACUACGAAGCUCGCCGGCCCGGGGAGAAACGCAGAAGAAGGUUUUCGGACCGCGGCAUGUAGAAGGAGAAGAACUACAGGAACAUCAGCUGCACCGGGGGCCCCUAGAAGGAGUUGUACCACAAAAACGAGAACUACAGCGGCUCCCCGGAACAACUACAAGGUCGGGGCUAUCUUCAUUAUUACCCCAACCUGCUUCAUCCUCGCGCCAGUCUUUCCAACCGCGACGGCGAUACACUACCUCGCAGCCCCGCGGAAGAAGUACUUCAACGACCCGUGCAGCCAGGGAACAAGUUUCUUCAUCCCGAAGAACAAGUACAGCAACUUCUAAACGAAGGAAGGCAGUGGAUCAGAAAAACACAGAAGAUUCCUUUCUGCCCCCGAAACGCCGGUUUCGCUUUAGCAUCCACGACUUUCGACGACCCGGUGCAAGUGCAGCCGACAGUCUCACCAGUAUGCCCGCCGCGGCGAAGAAUCUUCCCCCUAAGAUCUCGCUCGAGGCGGCGUUCGAAGGCCUGGCGCUGGACCAGAUUGGCCAGGAGGUUUUCCAGGAAUUCGAAAUCAGCGAGCACGCACUCGAAUUCGAGUUCGGGUGCCAGUCCAUCUAUGACAUCCAACUGGAGCAGCUGCAGACUUUGGUGGACGAGUGGCUCACACCGGCAGCCGCGGAGCUGAAGUGGGUGGCGAAGCAGAAGGCGCUCUUGGGGAUCGUGGACCGCAACGAUGACGGAAACGAAAACGAAAACGACGAAAAUGAAGAGGGAAAUAAAAUCAGCACUUCUUCUAAUGCCGCGGGCGGAUCCUCGUCUUCCAGCUCGUCGUCUACUACCGGGAAAACUAAGGCCAAAAACAAGAUUUCGGCCGCAGGAGACCACUUGCCGAAGAGGGGGGAAAUGAAGGCGGACCUGGUUUGGCGCUACUUGUUCCAAUAUGGAUUGCAAAUAUCCCUGGAUGAAUGGAAGAGUGGAACUUGUAAUGCUGUCUGCGGAUUCUAGAAAUAUCUGUGUUGCAUGAGCAGCAAGAGGAGUCCGUUCUUGGCACGCCGAGAGGGCAUAAUUUCUCAUGCCUAAUUAGCAUCAAGAAGCUUUCCAAAAAUCUGUGAUGCUAGCACCAGCAUCACAGACCUCACGGGUCAUGCAAAAUGUGCAUGACAAGCCCCGACUCUUCCAGACCCACACAUAUUUGCAUUCGAUAUCCAAACCUGCCCCAUGAAGAACUUGAAGCGGAUCGAGCAGUUGCAGUGUAUCUAUCAAAUGUAAAAAUGUCUGGGUCUGGAAGAAUGCAACUUGUGAUGCAGUAUUUAGAUUCCAAAAAAAUCUGUAUUGCAUGAGUAGCAAACGGAAUGCAAUUUUUGCUACGCUGAGAAGGCAUUUGUCAUGCGGAAUAGGCAUCAAGAAGCCCGCAAAAAAUCUGUAUUGCUAGGGUAUGCAUCACAGACAUCAUGGCUCAAGCAAAACAUGCAUGACAAAUCUCGCAAUCUUCCAGACCCAGACAUUUUUACAGUUGAUAGUAUCUUGGGCCAGCUUAUCAGCGCCGGCAGUGGGGAUGUGGACAAGGACGUAUGGUGGUGUUUGUAGUUGACCUUUUCUCAUGUGCAGUCUGUAUCGCGGCGGACUCUUUGAUCAUGUUCAUGUUCUUUCGCUUGUCAUCCACUUUCGGUUUCGUAAAAAAAAGUCACUUGACGACAAAACUUUAUCAGAUUCAAGUGGCGGCGUCUGCGAUUUACCUGGACCUACUGCAGCUCAAGGACGCAUGCCCCUCGUGGUCCACGUUUUUCCGCUCGAGUUUGGUCCGGUGUAUCUUCAAGCACACGUGCAAAACCUUGACGCAGAAAGACCAGAAGAAAAAAAAGAAGAAGAAUUUUACCAAGGAACUGGUAGGAUAGAAAUUAUAUGCUUUUUCUUGUUCACACGUUUUUUUGAGAUGCCCAUGGCAUGUGAUGAAAAAUGGAAAUGGCACAGUGUGGUUGAUGCGAAAAAUAAAGAAGAACUACAUUGAGUUCGAGUUUGUGAUGCGAGAACAAAUGUAAAUCAGGCUGACGCUCUGAACGAAAACGGCGACCCUGUCGGGGCGGAGGAGCCGGCUGCGGAGGUUGAGGAGGAAGAGCGUCCCGAGGACCUCGAAGCGAAGAAGGCAGAAGAGCGGGAGGCACUGAAACUCUCUCUCGGGCUGUUGAAUAAGUUGGCUGUCACCCUCGAGGUCGUUCCCAUCGCCUCCGCCAUCGACGCGAUGGACUUCGCCAUAGAGGACUUGACGGCGAUUUGCUGCCACCCCCACGUUAUGAACUGCAAAAGUAUCGUACUCGUAGAAAAAAUUGCAACCUUGCAUUACAAAUCUCUCCCUUAAGGCAAAGCCGCACUACAAAUUUAAUUUGUCAUGCUGGCCAAAUUUGUGAUGCGAUUUUUACUUUAGUACGAUACUUUUGCAAUUCAUAGACGUCGAGGUGUACGAAAACCGGGUGAAUCUAGCUUAUCCUGAGUAAAAACGUACCCACACCAGAGUCAAGAUGGGGAAUCGGCUAGACAAAUCCACAAGUUUUGGCUGCUUUGCAUGACAAAUUUGGAUUCGUAGUGUAGUGCUGUUUGAGCUAGCUCAGCAGCAUCACAGAUCUAGCAUACCAUGCUGAUUGGAGCAUGACAAAUUGCAAAACACGACUAGAAAAUGCUUCUCAUGGAGCUCCGCAUGAGAAACAUUUUCAGCAUGCAGAUUUGCAUUACAACUCUGGUGUGGGUACGUUUUUACUCAGGAUCUGGCUGGUGUCAUCGCUAGUGCCACCACGGGAGCUACGAAAAAUAACAAAACCCCCACCAGUAGUAAACGCGGACAGCAGCAUAUCCCACGAAAAAAGUGUUACAGUUACACGUGCGUUGUCAAUUCAGCAACACAAAUUUUCUCUGCAUGAGAGAGAAGACUUGCAAUGCAGAGAUCAUAAGGGAAAACACGUAUGAAAUGAGGCUCCUAAGCAUUUUGUGCAUGACAGAGCUUGUCUCUGUUGCUUGCUCUGCAACACAAUGUGUAACUGUAACAGUUUUUUCUUUGCAUACAGCAGGACAAGAGCAGCGACGGCGCGUACGUGCUGUUCACCACGGUGUUUAAAUGCCUCCGGAACCUCUGUCGGCACGCCAAGGAGUACACUCUGGAAACCGUUGAGGCAGAGAAAACGAUGACGCAGGAGGAGAUGGCCGCGGAGGUAGACGCAAUGAUGAAGGAGCAAAAGGAUUUAGAGACGGAAAACGCCCUGGCGCUGAACGACGAGGUUGGAAAGUCCAUAUGCAUUGCAAAUGCGGCGCAGCCCGGGUCGUCUCUAGGAAAUUUGUGUAGUUGUUGAAGCGAAGGAGCGAACUAGGUAGCCGCUUACUAACGCCAUAAAAACAAGGAAAUAAUGAUAAACAUCACAAUACAGCAUGAGACAUCAGCAUGGGAAAUUUAAACAGGCUUAUUGCGGAUUCCUUCGCAAAACGCACGGGCAUGAUAAAGUAGGUUUCACAGCACGGCAAAAUAAUUGGCCAAUUGUAUUCAUGCAUCACGAAAGAACGUUGUUACUUAUCCUUUACCUUUUCCUGCAGAUCUCGCAUGAUCUUUACACGUCCGGACCUAGUAGAUCGAUAUUUGCAAUGCAUAGUCCAGGGCAGAGAUGCUCGAGGAAUUGAUGGAGAAAAAACAAGAGAAGGAAAAGGACAUCAACUUGAACCUUGAACUGCACCUAAUGGUCUCGAAAAUUUUCACCCAUAUGAACUGCAAAUAUGUCUGGGUCUGGAAGAAUGUUGCAGGGUUUGUCAUGCAUGUUUUGCAUGGCUCGUGAUGCCUGUAAUGCAUGACCUAGCAUCACAGCUUUUUAGAAGGUUUCCUGAUGCCUAUUUCCCAAGACAAAUGCACUUCUCGCGUAGCACAAACUGGAACUGGAUUGUUCUUGCUGGUCAUGCAAUACAAAUCUUUUUAGAAUCCAAACACAGCAUCACAAGGUGCAACCUUCCAGCCAGACAUCCAGGGAUAUUUGCAAUGCAUAACGCACCUGAUCAACCCCAUCGGGAUCGUGAAGACGAGCGGCUACCCAGCGACGUUAACGCGAAAGGACAAGGAGCUGCGGACCUGGAGCUUGUCGUUUGUUAUCAAGUGCAAAAAUGGCUGGGUCUGGAAGAUUCCUACAUUUGUCAUGCAUGUCUGACAUGACCCGAGAAUCUGUGAUGCAUGGGCACGAAAUGGCUCUCCUAUCUGUUAUGUAAAAACGUUGCGUCUCAUGCGGAAUACGCAACACAUUGUAGCUCAAAAAUUUGUCAUGCUUGGCUGCGUAUUGCGAUCCGGCUAUCAUCCACUUUUAGCAUUACAAGUUUUCAGACCCAGACAUUUUUACAGUUGAUAUUUGUGCAGAUGAUGCUAAAACUGUACCCGGAGCUACUGGAGUCGCGGAUCUACGAAAGAGAGGAGGAAUUCGACACGUUUGAGGAGCAACUGAUUGAAGACAUUGAAGGUUCUGGCGAAAAGAAGGACUCGGAGGACCUUUUUGGGAAGGUAUAUUGUUUUGUUCGGUUAUGAUUUAAAGUGAAUUUUUUCGCAGUAAGUGGUAAAAAAUCACGCACAUCAGAGCAAGAAUUUUUUUCUUGACAGUACAGUAGAAUGAAUGCAUAAUCUCCAAUCCCCGCUUUUCAUGCAUAAUAUCCAACCCCCCCCCCCACCCAAAAAAAAACAGAACCUUCUCGACGCCGUUGGAGACCACGCCAACAUCAACGCAGAGUCGCCUCCUAUGGACGUAGACAAGGACUUAGAGGACGGUCUCAACACCCCCCUCCCGAAAAACGCGCAGCAGCACAAUAAGGGGAAAGGGAAAGGGAAAAACAAAAAGAAAAAGAAUCAACAUGUCGGCAAGAACGGGAAUGUUCUAAUUCUGAACGAUGACGAGGAGAAGGAAGAGCCGGAUUCGGCCCAGAAAGCGUCCGAGAAAGAGGAUGGACUGCGAACCCAGUUGGUCAAGAUUGGACAGAAAAGGGGGGAGAAGGCGAUGGUGCAGAAAACGGUGAAGCGGAAAGUGGUAUGAAAUUAAUGUACUCUACUUAUUUUCUGACAUGGACUUUGCGUUUUGCAAACAGUUGCGUCGAUCCUCGUCUUCGCGAUGAAGAAGAGACGUAUGAUUUUAUUUCAUUUGCGAUGCGAUGGUUUGUGAGAUCGGAGACUACAGAAAGAUUCACUGCUUAAUUCAUUACGCGGCCACUACAGCACUACCCUCUCGACCCUUUCGUCGGCCUGAUCCAGCUAUCCUGUGCAAAAGUAUCGUAUUCGUAUAAAUGCAAGUCUUGCAUUACAAAUCUUUGUCUUAAGGCAAAUCUGCAUUACAAAUUUUAUUUCUCAUGCUGAGGAAAUUUGUAAUGCAUUUAUACGAGUACGAUACUUUUUCAAUUCAUACCAGCACCUCUGCCUCCACGUCGCGGACCGUGCGGUAUGAGUAUGCACAACUCCCCCUCGUUGUGAUUUCUCAUGCAAAGUCCACAACUCCAGUCGGUGCUUGUGUCACUGUUAUGCAUGACAAAUUACGGUGAAGUUGAAACAGUAUAUACACCAGCCUCAGGACCACGAACUUGGCAUGCGCUGGCUCCACGUGUGCUGGUGUUUGUAUUGCUAUUCAUGCCAUGGAAAUUAGUGGGAGGGGGAGUUAUGCACUCUCAUAUGCGGACUUGCGGGAGAAGCUAGUCGACACCACCAUCGAGCUAUUGCAAGAAAAAAGUGUCACAGUUACACAUUGUGUUGCAGGCCAAGCAAGACAGACAAGCUCUGUCAUGCCGGAUGUGCAUAGGAGCCUCGUGUCAUAGGUGUUUUCCCGUAGGAUUUCUGCAUUACAAGUUUCCUCUCUCAUGCAGAGAAAUUUGUGUUGCUGAAUUCACUACAAGUGUGUAACUGUAAAACUUUUUUCGUGGGAUACGACCUCUUCAAGGGCAUGACCCGCGCCGCUCGGGAUCGCGUUUUCGAAUUUCUCCUGCGGUUCAUGAGUUCCACCCUGAACUCGCGUCGUGCUGUCGCGACGGAACUGUGUGCCAACUUGAUGGGGUGGGAAAGCGGGAAGUUGGAAAGUUUAAAGGCGGAGGAGAAAGCGUACGAGGAACAGGCCAGACUCGAAGAUGAAAGGCAGGCUGCUGCUUCUAAUGUGGGGAUCCAAACCCAGAAGUCGGAUGUGACGAAAGCCGACGGGGAACAACAAAACAACAGCAAAACAAAUCCAAAGUCUUCGGUGAAGAAAAAACCGGCGGGCGGUUCGUCACAGAUGUUGAACAACGGCCCCACGACUUUGACGCAAGAUGUCGAAAUGUUUGACGCGGACGGGUCGGUGGUGCCGGAAACCAGCAGGAAAGCCGUGAAGUUCGACAUUGCGGACUUCGAGGAUGAGUCGUUGAAACCUACUGCAAGAAAAAACUGUCAGCUCUUCAUUCUGAACUCGUAUUUUUUAUGCGGAAGAAAAAGAAAUUGUAUUUCCGUGCAUGACAUUAUUUCUGUCAUGCUCGAGGGCAGACAAGAAAGGAAAGAGCCCCAUCAAUUCUUUAUCAAAUACGUGGCUUCAUCUCUUGUCUUUGACGUGACGCGCCACAGGUUUUUUCUUUUGCGUGCCAUGCUAAAAGCGAAUUUGUAUUGCCGACGCCGAGUCUCAGUCUGCAAAUAAAGCAAGGGUUUGAAGACUCUGAGCUUGAGACAGAAGUUUUUUCUCGCGAUAAAACCCCGGCAGCUUUUACUGCACGACGACGACGGGAAGAACACGGACCCGAAUGCGACGCCAAUGGAGGUCGACGGAAACUACAACGACGAGCAGCAAACCAUAUCCUGUGCAAGAGUAUCGUACUCGUAGUAAAAAUUGCAGUCAUGCGUUACAAAUUUUUUUCGUAAGGUAAAUCCGCAUGACAGAUUUUAUUUUUCAUGCUGAGGAAAUAAUGCAUUUAUACGAGCACGAUACUUUUGCAAUGCAUAAACCAAUAUGAACCCGAACCGGAUCCACCCAAAGUUGGUGAAGCAACUGCUCCAAGCGGUGAUCGAACGGACGAGCGACGCAAUUCCUUCCGUCCGGGCCCGGGCGCUGCAGAUGAUCUGCCUGUGUCUGAAAUCCUUGAAUGACACCGAGCUGGACAUGGUUCUGGGGUCGCCGGAAGAUGACCGGUUGAACAACAACAACAGCGUGGAGUACAGCGAGAACGGCAACAACGUUGUUCCGCGGAACUCCGGGAAUUUCCAAGUGAAACCCGGCAUGCUGAACAUCCGGAAACUGUUUGACCAGUCGAUUUAUCCUGUGCAAAAGUAUCGUACUCGUAUUGCAAUCAUGCAUCACAAAUCUUUCCCAUAAGGGAAGUCAGCAUUACAAAUUUUAUCCCUCAUGCUGAGGAAAUUUGUAAUGCAUUUAGUAUACGAGUACGAUACUUUUGCAAUUCAUACGAUUUCCGACGAGAAGCCGGUUAUCAAAGCCAAAGCCGUAGUGAUGUUCCAGAAACUCCUCUAUUUGACGUAUUGAGAACAAAGAUCCUCCCUCCUCAUAUCGAAAAGGCAUGCUUCCGAAAAUUUGUCUUGCUGAUUUGAGACCACAAAUCACGUCUGUCUUGCAAGAAGACAAAUGCAGGGGCUUCCCUGCCAUUAUGGGAGCGGUUUGGCAUGCUGUUGGGCCUAGAGGGCAGCCGUUUGUAAUGCUAAGCAACUAGACCAAAAUGUCCCUCGCUAGGCUGCGGAUCUGGCUGCGAUGCCGUAUUGCAAGACAGCGCGCAUUUGUGUACACAAAUCCUGCAUCACAGAUAUCCCAUUUGAUAUGGGGUGGGGGGACUUUUCCUUUUGAUAUGACGCAACGGUACCCCCGGGCCGUUUCGUUUUGUCCGAAAAAGUUGGCCGCGUUGCUGUCGGAUGAUAGCGUACUAGAGUUAAAUUUAUUUUCACUGUCGUGCUUAGUUGUUCGUGACCCGCAAGACUCGUUGGGAAACUGCAAUUUCUGAUGCGCAGUGCAACCGCAGGACUGCUUUUAUAGGGCUGCUCUCAUGCUACGUACACAAUCAAUCAGAUGCUACACAAUCAAAAUAAAAAUCCUUCCGUCUGCUCAGGUAAAAAUCCGGAAAGACGCCAUUGUGUCCCUGACCAAAUACUUGGAACUCGACGAUAGCAAUGAAGAAAUACGGGUGACGUGGGUGAACGGCGUUAUUGGCGCCGUGGUCGACGCGGAAGUAUCGGUGCAGGAGAAAGCUUUAGAGGUGAUCGAGAAGAUCCUGUUCAAACCUCUGAUCAAGUACAUCUUCGGUGACAGCAAAAACCCGGGCGGCGUGAAGAAGACGAAAAAAGUCUUCGCAGUGGAGAGGAAGGAAGACGCUCCCGAGAACAACAAGGGCAACAACUUGACUCAGGACGAAGAAGCAGCACAGCUAAACGCGUCCCCAGCGGCCUUACAGAGGAUCAAGCAGGAAAAAGAGAACUCCCAAAUCAUGCGGAACUCCGGGAGUAGUCUUGGAGGAGGUUAUCGCAACUCUAACGGUUCUCUUUCCCGCUCCCGGAUCGAUUUUGUGGAGGAUUUGGACGCCGUAAAUCAAGACGUUGACGAUGACAACCUCCAACUGGUCGCGCAAAGCCAGCCGAGCCUGAAAAAGCGCAAGAUCGACAAGAACAAUCAGCAGCGGCGAAACAACAACAGCAUUAAGGGUGCAGUCCAGGAGAAUGUUUCCUUCGCGAUCCCCGACGGGAAAGUUUUCACACUUUUGCGGGAAAUGGACUCGGAGGCAAUCGAAUACCUGCAGCGGGCGUUGGUCAACUACCGGAAGUUUGACAAGUUCGAGACGCGGACCUACGAGAAGCUAGUGGAAGCCCUGAAGGAGAUCUUGGCUUUCUGCAACACGAGUUUGCCCGACCACCGGGGGUGGCCCAUUGCCGUGUGGCACCUGUUGGACGAAUUGGGGGAGGAGGCGAAAUAUGAAUUGCAAAAGUAACGUACUUACUAGUAUCAAUUGCAAUACAAAUUGGCUCAGCAUUACAACUUGAAUUUGUAAUGCGCAUUUGCCUUAGGAACGAGAUUUGUAAUGCAUAAAUGCAAUUAAUGGUACGAGUGCGAUACUUUUGCACAGGAUGCGAAAUUGUCACCCAGUCUGCUCAUUGAGUUGUUCGACAAGGUACUAUAGGUAGAAGUGACUAGUAGACUCGAAAUGAUUUUUUCUCAUGCGUCGUUAUCUAAGACAAAGACAUGCGCGACCUUGUAUUGGAACAAGAAGUGCAUGAGAAAUAUUUGAAAGGACUUACCACCAGCACAAUGGUAUAGAUCCUUGUGCAAUAAAUCUACAUCCAAUAAAGGUGAAAGACGACCCCUCCGCGAACCUCGUCGCCGGCAAGACCCUCGCGCUCUUACAAAAACGCUAUGAAAUGCAAAAAUGGCUGGGUCUGGAAACUUGUGAUGCAAGUCAGUCAAUAACAAAUGCACUGUAAUGCGCCGCCAAGCAUGACAAGUUGCUUUGUGCUUCUGUGCUGCGUAUUCCGCAUAAGAAACUGCGUUUUUACAUGACAGGCGAGAGAGGCUGUUUGUGGCCACGCAAUACAGAUUUAAGGGCCAUGCCAGAUCAGCACGACAAAUCUCGCAAUCAUCCAGACCCAGACAUUUUUACAUUUGAUAAGCGCCCGAUCAAUACCAUUCCCGAGCAGGACCGCGUGCGGCUUUCCGAUAUGGAAUGCAAAUAUGUCUAGGUCUGGAAGAGUACAAGAUUUCUCAUGCAGGUUCAACAUGACACAUGAGGUCUGGAAUGCAGGAUCUAGCAUGACAGAAUCUGUGAGAUCUGUAUCAUGCUUAUCCUGCAUGAGAUACUCACUCCCAACUUAGUCAAAAACGGACAGCUUUUGGUAAUCAUGCAACACAAACUUUUGCAUGAUCCAGAUUUAGCAUGACAAGCUGUAUCCUUCCAGACCCAGACAUUUUUGCAUUUGAUAUCCGAGGAUUUCACGGCGCGGUUGACCGAGUUUUCCGCCGAGCCUAUGCUGAUCAAGGAGAUGAUGCAGUGUUUGAACUUUCUGGACUCAAAGGAAAGAACGGAUAAAGUGCGGAACGAGCACUUCCAGUUCCUGCUCGCGCACAUCUCCUAUCGCUUAGAGUGGCUCUGUCAGGGGCACGUGUCCCCCGCCACGCAGGAGGUGCUCGAGGCGCACGGUGGCGACUUCUCGCGGAACGGAGAUCGGCUCGCCGUGCAAAAUCACCUGUUCACGCUGGGGGAGUUAGCCGUGCUGAAACCGGACGCGAUUUCCGACCAGACGGUGUUCGACGUGCGCAAGAUCGCGUCCGGACACGUGUCCGAAUUCAACGAGUAUUCGCGACGAACUAUCCUGUGCAAAAGUAUCGUACUCGUAUUGCAGUCAUGCAUUACAAAUCUUUUUGUUGAGGUAUAUCAGCAUUACAAAUUUUAUUUCUCAUGUUGAGGAAAUUUGUAAUGCAUUUAUACGAGUCCGAUACUUUUGCACUGCAUACGAACGGAGAGACUGCAGCUCCCGACCGUCGUGCGGGCGCAGGCGUUUGUGACGCUGAUCAAGCUGUGUUUGAAAAAGGGGAAGCUGGCGAAGGAAAACAUCGACUUUUUGGUGGCCCACCUGUCUUAUCAAAUGCAAAAAUGUCUGGGUCUGGAAGAUUCUGAGACUUGUCAUGCAUAUUUUGAAUGAUCCAUGAAGAUGUCUGUGAUGCAUGCCCUAGCAUCACAGAUUUUUACAGGACUUUGCGAUGCCUCUACCGCAUGAGAAAUGCCCUUUCCGCGUAGCACAAACUGGAGUCCUCUUGCUGGUCAACAUGCAAUACAAUUUUUUUUAAAAUCCAGAGACAGCAUCACAAGUUUAGAAUCUUCCGGACCUAGACAUUUUUGCAAUCCAUAUGUACGAGCAGGAAUCCGUGACUGUGCGGAACAACUUGAUUAUCGGGCUGGGAGACCUGGCCCGGACAUAUACCAGCUUGGUGGACAGGUAUACUAACUAAUAUUUGACUCCGUUGCACGUAGCACGUAGGAACCUUCUAAUACAAGUCUGGAUAGAUGAAGUACAGCAAUUCCAAUUUCCUCAUGAUGAUGUAGUUUUAUCUAAUUCAAAAUACAUUUUCCAACCGCCUCAGACAUGUCGACAAGAUGUCCGAUUGCCUCCGGUCGAAGCAUAUCAACUGUAAAAAUGUCUGGGUCCUCUGGAACAAGAAUUCAUGUUUGUCAUGCUUGUCUGGCGUGACUCUUAGAUCUGUGAUGCGUGAGCAGGAAAAGGGCCUCCUGCCUGUCAUGCAAAAACGCAGUUUGUCAUGCGAAAAACGAAACUCACAGCAGCCAGCGCAAAAACUUGUCAUGCUGUGCUGCAUAUUGCGGCGCGCCCACAAUUCGUAGAUUUGCAUCACAAGUUUCCAGACCCAGACAUAUUUGCUAUGCAUAAAGCAGAGUAUCAACCGAAAACAAGCCGGCAUGAUCCUUUCCUCCCUGCUCGCGGAAGACUUCGUGAAGCUCCGCGGGACUUUGCUGUACCGCUUGAUCUACGCCCUGGCGGACCCCAACGAGGACGUGCGGCACUUCAUUCAGUCGGUGUUUGUGAAGAUUCUGUUCGCACUAUGACACUGCACAUCAACUCCCCCUCGUCUUGCUCAUUUGUAUAUGCAUGGACAGCAAUACAAACACCAACACAGGUGGAUGCUAUGUGUGACAAGUUUAUCAUGAUGCCCUGAGUGUAGUACUGUUUAGAGUCCCAAAAUUUGUGAUGCAGAUAGUGCCACAGGGUAGCAACUGGAAUUGACAUUUUGCAUGACAAAGGACAGGGAGGAGGAGUUGUGCACUCUCAUACGCACGGAACAAGAAUUUGUACGAGAACAACUUACCGGAAACCAUCUGCGCCAUUUCUUCCUUCACCGGCUUCUCGCUCUACCGCGAAACCGCGGCGAAGAUGCCGCGAUUUUCCCUGGUCAAGUGCCCACAGAAACGAGCCACUAUCUACAAGUUCAUGUUGGCGCAGAUGUAUCAAUUUGAAAUAUCGAUCUGGGUCUGGAAGGUUGCUUCAACCUGUGAUGCUGUCUUUGGAUUCCAAAAAAACCUGUAUUGCAUGACCAGCAAAAUAAGGAGUCCGAUUCUUGCUAUUGGAUAAGGGAAUUUGUCAUGCGGGAUAGCCAUCAAGAAGACCUGUGAUGCUAGGGCAUACAUCACAGACGUCAUGGCUCAUGCAUGACCUGCAUGACAAAGCUGCACCCAUCCAGACCCAAACAUAUUUGCACUUGAUAAGAUGGACACAAAUGCCAGGGACCUGGCAUUGAACAAAAUCGUCACCCAUUUGCUGCACGGUUACACGUAUGCUGUGCAAAAGUAUCGUACUCGUAGUAAUCGCAGUCAUGCAUUACAAAUCUCCUUCUUAACCUAAAUCCGCAUUACAAAUUCCAUUUUUCAUGCUGAGGGAAUUUGUCAUGCGAUUUCUACUAGUACGAUACUUUUGCAGUUGAUAACACGCAGGGCGUGCAGGAAAACGAUACGGAGCACAAUAUCCUGAGUAAAAACGUACCCACGCCAGAGUUGUAAUGCAGAUUUGCAAAGACUAAGACAGGAAGACUUGUAAUGUGCAUCCCCAUGAGAGCCAUUUCCAAUCGUGUUUUGGAAUUUGUGAUGCUGUGAACAGGAUGAGCAGCUGGAUUUGUGAUGCGGCUGCACUUGCUAACCUGCACUACACUGCAGAGUGCAACUUGUCAUGCGUGACUAGAUCUCAGGCCCCCCUUUACAGUAGCCGAGAUCUCAGACCCAGCGCCCCGCGCUGCCGAGUACCCCUCCUAAAAAUGACCUCCUUCCCGCCCGGACACGGCGCCUAAAUUCUGCAGCAGUGGUCCACGCACCAUCCUGCGCAGCAGCAAGGUCCUCGCUUAGCCUGACGGGCAUGGGCAGCAACUUCUCCAUGUUCGCGGAGUCGCCGUUUACCGUCCUGCGGGUGUCCAGAGGAGCGGUAAAUAGUAGUCGUGCCGUACAACCGCAAUCCGGGGAGGCGAGAGUCGGGGCGCACAAUCCAUAGGCUGCGGGCCGUAGUCUCCCACACACCACACCACCAAAGCGUGACAGGCCGCACCACUGCCAAACACGGAGGCACCGACCGCCAGCGCGCGACCAGGACAAGUGUUGGCCUGCACUGCGCGGCGGCGCCUAGGUUCAGGCGGAGUCCACUCGUUCCGGGCACAGGCGCGGCGCAGGACGCUAGCAAAUGCGGCAGGGCUAGGGGAAUUUUCAGCAGUAACCCCAACGAGGCGGCUUACUCCCGUAGCACUCAACAACAGAUGUGUAGGGGCACUCAACGAAAGAUGUGUAGCUGCAAACUCCUCGGCUCGAAGCAUUUGCGUACCGGAGCCGACGAACGCAAGCAGCACGACCACCGAAACGCCUCCAGCCGGGCGAGGUUCCACCAUGGGCCCACGUCACAUUUUCACCUCGGGAAGCCCGCUGCCCCCGGUCUUGCAUGUUCUCAAUAAAUUAUCAGACUGACUCUCUCUUGCAUGGCCCCCGAGAAAAGUGUCCCCACCGUCCUCCCAUGUAUUCCCUUGUAGCUGCCCCUUUGUGAAGUCGAAAACGUCGUCCAUGAUCAUUAUGGGUAUGGUCUAGCCUGUAGCUUCUCCUCCUUAGUUAUUGGUGGCCUGGUCAGUUUUCGGACAGUAACAGUUGCUCUGCCUGCUCUCCAUUGGGCGCAUGUUGUUGCGCGUGCGCCCCUGCUAAGGUAUUGCUAUAGUGAAUGUGGCAAAGAAAAACAGCUGUCAGCUCUCACAGUGUGCUGGUGGUCUGUGCUCUGCCAGAUAGGAAUGCGAAGUGGGUGGGGCCGUUUCCGCCCCCGUUGCUGGUGCUGGUGCUCCGGGGUGGUUGGCUAUGUCCUACAGUUGUAUUGGUGGCGUUUUGUGUGAGGAGUAUAGUGGGGAGUGCCUGGGCCAUAGGGCCCGGGGGGGCGGCGUCUUCGGGUUGAUCAAUUCACCUGAUACACAAUGUCCCGCCCGCAGUAGCACAGUCUGUUUAUGUCAUGCGUGACUCACAAAACUCCUAGGUUUGUGUUGCAAAAUCCCCAUCCUGACUCUGGUGUGGGUACGUUUUUACUUAGGAUACACAAGUUGUCGGAAAUCGCAAACGACCCGUUAUUGCGAGGAAAAAUACCCCCUGGUUCACAUGUUGAAAGGCGUAUCCUUCUGAAAAUUUGUGAUGCAGAUUUGUGACCACAAAGAACCGGGUCCGUCUUGCAGAUUUGUGUAUCCAAAUCCAGCGUCAGAAAUUUCUUUUUACUAUGAGGAGAGGGGGGUUUUUCCUUUUGACACCCGUCGCAGAAAAAUACGAACUGCGUGCCGUUUCCCACUGAUGUCAUGACCCCAGCCGGGUGUGUGUUGAUGGACUGCCUGAUUUUGUUGUCCAGCAAAGAGAUGCGCUGCAUGGUUUUGGGCAAGGGCGGCCUGGAAAUUGACCAACCGGAGGACGAAAAAAACCCAAGCGAUGACAAGCAGCAGCUCGCGAUGGAUAAUCUCCGGGGAACCGUGCAGAAAAGACUACUCCAAGAGAAAAUUCUCCCAGUGCUGCUGGACCUGAAGACAAUCAUGAUCAAGAAAAAAUCCUUGUUCCAGAAGCAACUGUGGUCCUGCUUGCGGGCACUGCUGCAGGACUACCGGGGCCAGAUUGCGGAGUUAGUGGACGAUCCAGUCGAGACAAAGAUUCUCGAGUAUGGAUUGCAAAUAUGUCUGGGUCUGGAAACAUGUAAUGCUAAAAGUGAAAAAUGAUAGACGCACUGCAAUACGCAGCUAUGCAUGACAAAUUUUAUUUUGGCUGCCAUGUGUUGCGUAUUCCGCAUGGCAAGCUGCGUUUUUGCAUGACCGGUAUUAAGAGGGCCUCUUCGUGCCUAUGCAACACAGAUUGUCGAAUCAUGCCAGACAAGCAUGACAAACUUCCAUUCUUCCAGACCCAGACAUAUUUGCAAUUCAUACCGAGAACGACCUGGCCAUGUGCUUCGGCACGAAGAAGCUGGACCACCUGCAACUAUGAAUUGAAAAGUAUCGUACUCGUAUAUAUAAAUGCAUUACAAAUUUCCUCAGCAUGAGAAAUGAAAUCUGUAAUGCUGAUUUCCCUUAAGAUCAAGAUUUGUAAUGCAUGACUGCAAAAUACGAGUGCGAUACUUUUGCACAGGAUAGCAACAGAACCUCGACAACAUUGCCGAUCCUGGCGGGAUAUUCGGCGCGAACAAGAACAAGCCGACGGAAGUACACAGCAACUCGAUCAAUCAGGUGAUCGAAAGUCACCAGCAGAAGAAGUUUGGGCGGAUGUCGCUGGACAAAAUGAUGAAGACCGCAUUCGUAUGAUUUGCAGAAACGUCCCCACCCCAGACUUGUCAUGCAAAGUGGCAUGCCUAAAAUGUUCCUCUUGCGCAGCCACAUGAGAGCCAUUUUCUAAUGCUAUCUGGAGGUUUGUGAUGCUGGAAAUGGAAUCACGAUGAAGUAGUCCAUUUGUGAUGCGUCUUCACUACUUCAAACAGCACUACACGACUACGAGUCCAAAUUUCUCAUGCGAAACAGCAAAAACUUCUAGGUUUGUGUUGCAAAAUCCCCAUCUUGACUCUGGGGUGGGGACGUUUUUACAGAUGAUAAUUCGAAGAGCAUGCGGCCGGCGGCGCAAAAGGCGUCGAUGGGGCUGGACCGAAGAAAAACAGCUUUGGUCCGGCGAUAUGA